CGCCCGGGGAGCGGCGGCAGAGGCGCGGCCGUCUGCAACAGCCCCGGAUGAGUCUGCUGGGCAAGCCGCUCAACUACCGCGCCAGCCGCCGCGACGCCCGCUACCGACGCCUGCAGAGCAAGGUCUACAACUUCCUGGAGCGGCCGCGCGGACUGCAGGCUAUCAUCUACCACAUGCUCGUUUUCUGCAUGGUCUUCACGUGCCUCGCCUUGAGCGUUUUCUCUACGAUACAAGAGUACGAAGAAGACGCCAGAGCCAUCCUUUUCUACAUGGAGUUCGUAGUCGUAAUUUGGUUUAGUAUAGAAUUUUGCCUGAGGCUGUGGUCCUCCGGUUGUAGAUCUAGGUACCAAGGCGCUAUUGGACGAUUAAAAUUCCUGAGGAGGCCUUUUUGCAUAAUAGACGUGACGACCAUCUUCGCAACGAUGGCCGUGCUGUGCGCGAGCGGCCCGGCGUUCGCGGCGUCUGCGCUGCGCGGCCUGCGCUUCUUCCAGAUACUCCGCAUGGUGCGCAUGGACCGCCGCGGCGGCACCUGGAAGCUCCUCGGCUCCGUCGUCUACGCUCAUCGGCAGGAGCUGAUAACGACUCUCUACAUCGGUUUCCUGGGUCUAAUAUUCGCUUCGUUCCUCGUGUACCUCGCCGAGAAGGACGCCAACCCCACGAGCUUCUCCAACUUCGCAGAUGCCCUCUGGUGGGGGGUGAUCACGCUGUGCACCGUGGGAUACGGCGAUGCUGUGCCCAUCACGUGGCAGGGCAAGGUCAUCGCCUCCUUCUGCGCCCUCCUCGGCAUAUCCUUCUUCGCACUGCCUGCCGGCAUCCUGGGCUCGGGUUUCGCGCUCAAGGUGCAGCAGCAGCAGCGGCAGAAGCACAUGAUCCGCCGGCGGCAGCCCGCAGCCACCCUCAUCCAGAGCCUGUGGCGCUGCUACGCCGCCGACGAGCACUCCAUGUCGGUGGCCACGUGGAAGAUCCACCAGGUGCCGCUGCCCAGCCCGCCCUCCUUCAAGCACAACGCGUCGUUCGUGUCGCGGCUGCCCACCAUCCGCCGCCACAAGAGCUCCUCGCUGCACUCCCCGUCGCUGGCCAAGACCGGUGGCGGCGGGGGCGGCAGCGGCGCGGGGGCGGCGGCGGGGGCGGCCGCAGGUGGCGCCGGCGCCGCAGCCAGCGGGACCCGCGGCUUUGCCGAGCUCAACGCGUCCUCGGAGAACCUCGACGAGGAGGAGGAGCAGCCGCGCUGCGUGCAGCUCACCAACCAGCACAAGGGCGCCAUACGCGCCAUCCGCAAGCUCAAGUAUUUCGUGGCUCGAAGAAAGUUUAGAGAAGCCCUGAAACCGUACGACGUUAAGGACGUCAUUGAGCAAUACUCGUCCGGGCACGCAGACCUCUUGAACAGGGUGAAAAAUCUGCACUUCAGGUUGGACCAAAUUCUCGGGAAGCAAGGUUCAAAGGCGAAAGAUGUAUAUGCAUCAAAAAUCAGUCUAGCAUCGAGAGUCGUUAAAGUUGAAAGACAGGUGGACGACAUCGAGAUGAAACUGGACCAGCUGAUCGAGAUGUACCUGGAGGACCGCAAGCGGCUUCUGGCGCUGCCGCUGCCCACGGACUCGGGCCCGCCCCCGCCGCCCGCCCCCGCGCCGCCGCCCGCUCCGCCGCCUACACCCGCGCUCCGCCCCAAACCCAUUCUCAUCGACAAGCAGGCGUCGGAGCCCAACACGCCCAUCGCCAAGAGCUUCACCGACGUCACUGCGGUGGUGCGGACCAUGCAGCGCGGCCACUCCGACCUCAGCCACCGCAUCCGGAAGCGCGUCACCCUCAGCUCCAUUCCCUCACAGUACAUGUCAUCUGCCUUGACUGUUGAACCAUAUACACAUGAGGGAGAAGUUGUCAUUGUGGUACCUCCUCUUAAUCCAAAUGAAGAAGAUCAUGAAAUAGAUUUUGGCAGCCCAAAGACCACAGAAAGCACAACUCAUGUAAUAUAUACCCCUGAGUCCAUAAAAGAAGAUCUCCAAUACUCAUGGGAUGGUGGUGAUGAUUCAGUUGUAACGGAGAACACUGCACUGUUGAGGAGAGCAGCUGCCACUGAGAUCAUCAUAACCCCUAUCAGUCCAACAGCGUCCUCUGCAGAUCUCAGUCAUAUGGACAGCCAGGAAGAAAAGUGUACAGGAGAAUCAUCAACUAUUGCAGAUAUUCAUAAAAUGGACUUGCUAAAGCCAGAAGUAAUUACACUCUCUGAUGAACCAUAAGAACACUUUAUAUAAGAUUCUGGCAUAAAGCUGAUCAAAGAGACUUUUAAUUAUUAUGAAGAGACAAAUGUCCGAAAGACAUUGUGGAAGAGACUGCCAUUAUGUUUCAUUUGCAGUGAGUUUUCAUGUGUAUGUGACAGUUUUAAAUGAAGUGAGUGUUUUAAAGACAAAAAGAAAUGAAAUUACAAAAAUCAUCUUAUUAAUGGAUUGAGAAAGUGACAUUUUCUUUUAUUUUACAAAACAACGAAUUGUUGAAAUGGAGAAAUUUAUUUUUGUUAUUCCUUUAUUCCUCAUCUUCUAUGACUGUCAUAAUCCAUGGCUGUUUCAGUGAAGUGAAAUAAACUUUUCAUGAACUAUGACAUGGUUCCUGAAAUGAAAUUACUGAAAUAAAUAUAAUAAAAGAAGAAUUGUGCUAUGUUGAAUGAACUGAAAUUAAGAGUUUAAUGUACUAGUACUUUGGUGCUAUCCUCUGAAAUCUGUCACAAAUGUUUUGUGUUUCAUUGUCUUUUGUUGGAAACCAGCAUGACACAUGCUUUGUAAAAAAAACUCUUCUGUUUAAUUUGAAAUUUGUGUUCAGAAAUUUCUGACUGAUAUAAUUUUGAACAAAGCUUUCUUUCUGAUCAUGUUAAUGAUGAAACAAUAAGAAACAGUCAGUUCAAACUGAGAAACACCAAGUAUUUGUGAUAAUUUCUAGUUGUACAGUUAACUAGUGUACUAUAAAAUAAUAAUUUAUUACAUUUGAUACAACUUAGAACUAGAAAUUACAUCUGAAAAUGUCUGGAUAAUUCAAAAUAUUUCGCAUUUUUUUAGAACUUCUCAGCUGUACAACACCUUAGAACAGAGGCAAACUUCAGAAACUAACUUCAUGAACCCAAAUAAGUUUGUGAGAAAAUUUCAUUCAUACAUAUCAGCCUAGAAUUCCAAUUAUUUGAAAAGGUGAACCAUUUCUUGAAAUUGUUUCCAAAAGUGCUUUAAUUACAAUAUUAACAUUCCAUUUUCUAAAAUUAUUAUUAUUGAUGUAUAUUCUGAUAUGGUGAUAAUCCUUGUGUAAAGAAUGUUGACAUUCACAAUGGGCUGCAUCAGUUUGUUUUCAUUAAUAAAAAAUGUAAGCUUUGAAAAUGUAGUGCAAAACAUUAAGCAAUGCUGUAAGAGGUAGCCUUUUAUGAUUUUAAACAAAACAAAGCUUAUUAAGUUCAUGACAAAAACUGGAAUAGAGUUAUGUUCAAGUUGAAAGGUUCCAAAGCUUUACACACUGUCAGUGUAAUGUUAUUGCUGGAAUUGUUAUUUUACAAUAGUAAAUUAUUUUGAACUUUUGCUUCAGAUACUGUUUAGGUAGUUCAGUAAUAUACCACUUACAGUUCAAUAUUUUAAAAAUGCUCUCCUUGGAAAAUAGCAGUUUUUUUUUUCAAAAAUGUACUAUCCUGCAUUAUUGUGUUCCACUGAUUCCUUCAAACUUAUCUCAUUUAAAAGAGCACUGAUGAGAGCAUUAUUGUUUGAAAUUGUAUUAUUCAUAUGGGGAUAUUAGUUUUUGUUUUAAACAAAGGUGUAAAUCACUUGACACACAAAGUUUCUCAACCUUCUUGCUUGGUUGUGUCUGGAACAGUACUUUACCCUAUGUGUUGUUUAUUGUAGAAAGCCUAAUUUAGAGAAAGCCAAUGAUCACUUAAAACAAACAUGCAGCUUUUAAAUUUUGUUUCAUCUAAUGUGAUUUUUAAUAUAAACAUUCCAGUUGUUUCUGUAUGUCUAGCCAUUAGAUAUUGUAUCACUGGGCUAACAGACUUUGUUUAAUUUCUUUAUCAGCUGAAAGAUAAACCUCAGCUGUUGAGUACUUUUAGACAAACUAUGUAUCAAAUGUCACCUUUUAAUAAUGAACAUGUGUCAUGUGAUCCCAGCUGUUGGAUCCAUCAUAAAAUCAGAAAGAUUUAUAAGUAAAGGACACCUAACAAUAAAUAUUUUUACUGUUGCUAGUGGUAGUAGAAAAUGAUAUUGGUUUUUGCUAAUGAGUUUAAUAUGUACAAAACUGUGAAGAAUUCCCUCGAUUGCAUGGAGAUGGACAAGAAACAGACACAGAUUUAUUUGUUCCAGUAAGUUAAAAAUGUUUAAUUUUUUGGAAACAAAUGUCAGAAUCAUCUCCAUUAUCAUUAAUUAUUUCUUGUUAUUUAGGUGCCAUGAAAUAAGUUACCUUGUUUUCUUGCAUUGAGGGAACUAAUAUAGCUUAUAUGUGUUUGUGGUGAUGUCUGUUCAUAAUAUUUCUGGAUUCCUUUUGUAUAGUUCAUUUCUGAACAGGCAGAUUGGCAUCAAGUAUCUGUCUGUGCAUCUUUAUACAGAUGGGUGUGGGCCAUUGGCUGUUUAGUACAGCAUCUCGAAUCAAAACACCUUUCAGCCAUCUAAAUUUCCAAUUGUUGUUUUACUCAGCAACCAAUUUUGGCAAUAUAUUAUUACACCAUUGUCAGAUGCUCUGACUAACAUGUAGGAAGAUUCCCAUCUCUGGCUCAGUCAAAAUAGGGGCCAGCAUUCUUUGACUGGUAUCUAUAAAUUUUUAACACAGUAUCCCUUUGAUCAUCUCUUGUUGACAGUUGGCAGCUGAUCAUCGAAGAGAUAUCUGUGUCUAAAAUCUACAAAUAUGAGCCAGUGAAUGAUGACGCCUAUGCUGACUGGACUGGAGGUGAAAAUCUUCCUACAUAUCAGUCAGGAGGCCUAAAGAUGGUGAAAUAUAUUGCCAAAAUUGGUUGCUCUAUAAAAUAACAAUUGGAAAUUAAGAUAGCUGAAAUGUGUUUUGAUUUGGAAUUCUCUAUUAGAUUGGCAUAAUGUCAUGUAGUUUCACAACCUAUAUUCUUUCUUGAUUGAUUCAUCUCAACUAUCUCAACCAAUGAACUAGCCAAACCCAGCCCAAUUAUUCAGUUUAAGGUUAGUUUUGUUCAAGACCACCUUUCUCUAAAUAAAAAAUUAUCACUUAUGUGUGGACCAUAGUAGUCUCCAUGGUGCACAACAUGGCACAUUUUCAGUUCUUUGUUUUUGCAUUCCUUUGUACCCACAUUGCACCCACUCUCUCAGAAAGGGCUCUUUUCUGCUUGUUAGGCUGAGUUUUUGUGGCCCUCUUGGGUUUUUCUGCUUGGUUAACUGCCCAGUUGAGAAUUUUUUCAAAAUAUUCUCCUGUCUUGUGUUUCAAGUUGGUUUAUUAAUGCUUAUUUCCAGUCUUCUUUUACUGCACCAAUCCAUUUUAUCAUUUCUAGUUUUCCUUUAUUGCGAGUUUUGUAGAAUCCCACAACCAUUUAGUUCAUUUGCUUAAUACUAUUCUCCUAAUAUGCACAUAGAAUUUUAGAGGAAUUUUUUUAAUAUCUGAACAUGGGCUGAUAUACUUUACAAAUUUUUUAUUUGCUCUUAGUCUAUCUCCAAAUACCUGUCUGACUAUCUUUAAAACUGAACAACAAGCAUAUGUAAUUGUGGCAAAGUAGCUCAUAGAUAAACAGUUAGUUAUCAAAGUCUUCAAUGUACACAAUAUUUUGGCAAGUGACAAUAUUAACAUAAUCACUGUUAAGAGGCCAGUGUGGUGCUUUUCUCUUCCCCCCUUCUGUCUGACCCGCCACUCUGUCUGCCAUCCACACCCAGCAUCUCCUCUUCCACACCUCCCACUGAUACAUUGCUCUAUAACCUGUACACCAGGUACACAUGCUGGAGGCACCUCUAUUGGUCCUGUGCCAGCUCCCAAAACCUGUGGGAUACCUCCUUUGUUUUCUUAAUCACACUAAUUGUGGGUUACUCCAAUUAAGAAGAUUGUCAGCACACUAGAUGAUGGCAAAGUAGUCACUUGUCAAAAUACUAUACCCCUUGGACAUCAACAUACAGCUAUUCACUUGUGAACUACUUCAUCAUGAAGUAUGCUGAGAGUAGUUCACAAAUCAUAUAGCUAACAGUAAUGAAGAAAAUUUAACUUUAAUUUCUAUGACACUGUGCACUUUCUUUAGUCUGUGAAUGUAUACAAAAAGGAUCUGGAUAAUCGACUGAAUAGUCCACAGGUGUACUGCCAAUUCAUGGUAUGCAGCAGCCACAUUAUGUUAAUGAUCACACUUGUUGCUGUCAUUCAGUUUACCAACAAACUGACCUCCUAGGGGCACACAAAUAAAUUAUACCUGUCUGUCCAUGGGCUGUUUCAUAUGCAGUCUGUGGACACAGUCACCACUGACAGCCAAAGAGGCAACUGCUUUGUCAUCUGUGAUCAUUGGCAUCAUGGCAGGAUGGCCUAGGUGUGACAGUGUAGAUGUAGGCACUCCAUCUGCCCUGGCUGAUAGCUCAAUGUUUUUUCUGAUUGUCUUCUUAAUUAGACAAAGUGCUGGUUCCAAAUCUUGUUGCGACUGUAUGUCAUGGAAGAUAUAAAUCUCGGAAUAUAAGACAGUCAUUGUAAAGGCUUUGGUGGCCUCUCGAGGCAUACUGUCCCAGUAUUUCAAUUUUUAUGCUAAAAUUGCCACUAUGCUGGGAGAAACUGAAGAAUCACAUAUGAUAAUUGUUUGAAUAUAGCAGCUCACCAUCACAUGGGUCUUGGACAGACAUUUCUCUGUGACCAUUGACUUAUUAGUACACAUUAGUCGACUGCACCACUGGCAUUAAGCAGCAAUGUUUGGUGAUACACAUUGUUUGUUCAAUGUAUGUCUUGCCACAAUGGUAUACUGUAAACUAAGGUCAUCUUUGAAGCUCCCAAGCAAUGCCAAUAUUUAAUUAUGCAGGCAGAAGAUAGUUCUGACUUGGUGUUUUUCCAGUAUAUGCUCAAUUUUUCCUGCUAGCGCACUGGUGUAUUGUAUAAAGGAUAUGGCUGCCUAAUUCUUAGUAACCCCAUUCAUCUCCACAGGCUGCACUGUAGCAGUAGGACAUAUAGUGCACCUUAUCAGCCGUUCCAUGUAACAGCUUUCUGGAACACCAUUCUGAGGUAUUCCAGUUUCUAGGGAAGACACCCUAAAUACGAGAUUGCCCCACUCGCCUUCACAGGGUGGUGGCAGCUGUCUGUGUACAGGUGUAAGCCAGAGUGUUUUCUUCCAAUAUACACAGUGAAUAUGAUUUUGAGAUGCAUGGGGCUUAGAUGUGCAAGGAAAUGAUGGACAUAAAAAAUUACUGAGAACUAAGCAGCCUCAGCCUUUACAUUGUACUCCAGUGCAUUAGCAAGAAAAAUUCCGUCCCUAUUGAAAAAACACUGAGUGAGAACUGUCUUCUGCAUGCCAAAUAAAACACAAGCAUUACUGGGAAAAAUCGAAGAUGACCUCGUUUUGUGGAAGGCCAGGGUACAUCAUAUUCCAUGCCAGUAUGGUAAGACAUAUAUUGGAUUAACAGGCACCAUCAAAGAUCGCUGUCAAGAACACUAGCAGUUCACGCAAGUAAUGUCCUAAUAAGUUGCAGAGCACUGUUUGUCCAAAACUCUUGUGAUGGAAUAUGAACACUUCAGGAUUUUAACAAAGGUGUCAAAAUACUGGGACAGCACCAUUAGAGAGAGGCAUCAGGGACAAUCUUAUCAACCAGGUCUGCUACUAUAGUCUCAGCAGUGUUUGAGAUCGAGCACUAUGCCUAAUUAAGAAGAUGCUCAGUAGACACUAUGUGCUGGCAGCCUGGUCAUAUGGAAUGUUUAUAUCCCCACCAGGCAUUGGUGGCCAUAGACACUGAUGGAAUCACCCCUUCAGCUGUCACACAGGCCCUCAUGCACAGACUGCAUGUAAAGCAGCCAACGUGUGGAGGGUUGUAAGUCAGCCAUGGUGUACAGGAGGUCUGUUUGCUAGUGCACUUGACAGUGUUGACAUGUCCAGUCACAAUUGAUAGUACACCUGUAGACUGAUUCAUCAGCCAAUGUGCUGACAGAAAGUGAAGAAUCACAUAUGGAUAAUUGUUUGAAUAAAGUGGCUUACUGUCAGUAUUUUUAACACUGACAUAAUUCCUGAUGAAAGUUGAAGCUCUUGUCAAAAAUUGCAGCCAUUUAUAACAAGAAGGAUUAUUGUCCAGAAUUUAGUUCCCAUUGGUUGUGUUUUGAUUUCUGCAGCUUUCCAACUAAGACAGGCAGCAUGUUUCUGGGCAUCCAGAUGGCUUGAAUAUUCAAUUUUUGUGAUUAAUAUUUUGAUGACUGACUUAGCCCUUUUUAUUGGAUCCUGAGAGUAAAAUUCCCUUUUUGGAAUUUGUAGUCUCUGAUAGACCACACAAUCAGAAAGACCUUAGUUAAUUAAUUACCACAGUCCAAUCCAGUCAUAAAUUAAAAAUUUUGUCCCUUAUCUUUAAUGUACUUAUUUUAAUAUACUUCUUAAUUACACUGUUUCAUAAACUUGGAGUGUAGUGCACUACAAUUCUGGUCUUGUUGUACUAGGCAUUUUUUGAUGAAAGCUAAUUUACUUGACUAUUUUAACUGGUCAUAUUAAUGGCAUACUUUCAUCUCUCUUCGACUGUUACAAUCACAUGCCUUACAAAUGACAUAUUAUUUAUGUUUUCCCCUUAUUUAGAUAAGGGCAGCAUAGCAGAAAAAUAGUGGUACCCACAUAUAGUUUCCCCCAAGAAUCAGCACUCAGAUCAGUAUAUAGAAUGGAAAUUGUACUGAAAUGCAGCAACUAGUUUGGAAGAGAUAGAGAUUAAAAAGAAAGACCAAAACCAAGGGUCUGUCCUAAGUUGUCUCAGUCUCUAGAAAAAUCAGCAGACAUGCUAACUUAAGUGUUUCAGUUCUGUCAACAAAGAUGAAAGUUUUCCUUUAUAGUCUUAGAGACAAGCUAGUCCUUCAAAAACCAUAUGCAGAUUAAAUUCCAUAUCAGUCAGAGAUCACUAACCACUGUCUGAAAUAUUAUCAUGAAAUGAGCAUCCUGACAGAGGUUUCGAGCUCCUGAGAUAUCACAACUAAUAAGUGCAUUCAAAUAGGUAUUAUGUGUCUGUAAGUGCAUUUCGUAUAGUCGUAUUUGGAACUGGAAAGAAGCACACCUAAGGCCAAGUGGAUAUACUGUAUGGUGGCCAAGGAAUAUCUGCUUCACUAAUUUUAAAAUCUGAUAAAGACUUAGCUAUGAAAAUAUGAUAUUGCAUUGCUGUACUUCAUUGACACCCUGUGUCUUUGGUAGAUAACAUUGGUAACAACCAAUAAGGAAUGUAUAGCUGUAAUCCUAAUAAACAAAGAUGUAUUUUUCAGUUCAGGCAAAGCUUAUGAUAAGACACUAAAUUUAUUAAGAUCUCACCCAUCUUCUUGUAUUUCACAUCCAUCCCUCUCUGCCCAAAAAGAAGGGGGAAGGGCUACAGUACUGAGAACUUCCCGUGCCAAGGCCUUCAAAUAAAUAUACUCCAAGGCCACAGCUGCAAAACACCCUUCAGUACUGUUAAAGUGCACAUAGCAGUGAAAACUAUGGACCAUUGUAAGCAACAUUCUGUGAACAUGACUAAGUUAGUCAUCAAAGUAUAGUGCAAAAAAAGGAGAAAAAGGAAUUAUUUCUGCAGUAAAAGUCCCAGAAAUGUGCCUAUAAUAAUGGUGUCUUUCAACUCAGAUACUCACGUACAUAUUAACGGUAAUACAUCUUGAAAUUAGUGAAGACACAAUUUAAUGCUUUCCAUACUCAACAUUAAAAACUGCAUUUUCCUUAGGCAUCAGUUAAAAAAUCCAUUUUACAUGCACUUCUAAUUGAAAUACUGCUGAUAGAGUAACAGACAAGAUGCCGAUAACUUAAAGGUACGAGAGACAUAGAAAACUAAUCAUUAUUUUGAAAUGUAGGUGAGAUUAUGUUUUAAUGGUGUUAUCAUUGUUCAGUUUGUUUGCCGAAUAAGUUCACAUUUUCACUUAUCAUUUUCAAAAUUUAAUAUUUCACACUUAAAUAGUCCCCAUAGAAUUUAUUUGAUGGUAGGUAAAUUUAAAAUACUUAUUUUCACACGAUGGGUAGGAAAAAAAUGACAAUAAAUAACUUAGAAAAUAUGAUUUGUGGUAAUGCUUAGGAACCAUACUUAUUGAGUUCAUGAUUAUCAGAAUACACAACUGGAAAUCAUUAAUUUAACUGCUCAUGAUUUGCGCAGACAGAGGGUAAAAAGAAAAUUAAAUCUCAUGGCUGGUUUUGUCAUAUGUAAGUAGCAAUACUUUCAGUAAAUGAAAUACAUCAAAAUUCUGAUUUGGAACAAUAUCUGUUCUGUAUCCCAUUCGAAACACAUACUUACAAAAGGUAAAUUUAGAAAGAAUUUGUACACAUAAUUAGUGUAACACAUAAGUGAGAAAUAUUUAGUCCAGAUACUGCUUUACAUGUUAAAAACACAGACUGGAAAAAGCCUAUUUUCAAAUUUACUUCCACAAAAAAUACCUGUGCCAGGGUAAACAGUGUUCCCAUUUUUUUUCAGUAAUGAAUUUGGUUUUGUUGCCUAAAUGUUCCACUCACCACAGAUAUUAUUACCAUCAGCAGAUGAUAAUAAUUUCCAUUUUUUUCAUAUUUUGAAAAAUAUACAUAUUUUCUGUUUAUUCUGAAGUAUUUCUCAUGUAAUUUUAAAAUCAGAAUGGCAAUUAUGUUAGCAGAAAGACAUAUUGCAAUUUCUGCAUUCAAGUAAAAUUGUCUGUUAUUAAUCACCACAGCUCCUACAGGUUUGUCUUGAACAUAAAAUUUUGUUUUCAUUGUGUUACUAUGUCCAGAAAAAAUGCAUAAUACUGUGAUGAAGACAUAAAAUGUUUAUACUAAAAACUUUUAUUUAAUUUCAAGUAAACUGAGAGGAAUGUCCAGGGAAUUUUUCAGAAAAUAAAUUAUAUUCAUUCUGUUUGUUAUAGUUCAUAUUUUUAUGACAGGAAGAAUUGAACAUUGUUUCAAUAAUAACAAGAUAUAGUGCAAAUGAAUGUUACUGCUCAUCACACAAUGUAAAAUAUAUAUUGGUUGGAUGUUAAUAUCUUAAGCAGCAUAAUAAUUUGCAGGCUGCAAGACAACAUGAUAUGUGUGUUGACUCUCAAAGUAAAUCAUUUUUAUUCUAUUGUGAACUGUUAAAGAUUGAAAGCUAAAUUUAAGUAAUUAAUCAUGUUAAUCACGGGGGCAUAGGAAAGUGAUAGCAGCUUCAAGUUCCAUUAAAUUUCUAUUACGUUUCACUACAUAGCUCCAAAAUAUAAAAAAAAAUUAAAAGUAUUUAUACAUGAAGGUGCCUUUUACCUUUUGUAGACCUUCUAUUGAAAGUAAUGUCAAAGUAAUUGUUAGGCCAGCAAAAUCAAAGAGAAUAAUUUAUUAACAUACUGAAAUAAAUCUUAACUUGAUCAUAUGGUGCACAUCCACUUUUUGAGGGCCAAUUAAAAUUACUAUCAUAGAAAUACAUGAUAGAUUAGACAGAAAUACAUUAAAACUGAAAUGCAUAAGGUUACAGCAUUGUUCAGGAUAUAUAGUUAUAUAUAGUUAUUUUUGUUAUUUAGAGAAAAACAUCAUAUGCAAGACACAAAAUGAUGCUUGAUAACUGAUAUAUUUGAAAAGUAAUUUAUGAAGUUAGAUAUCUGUAUUGCAUACUUACCAAAUACAGCAGAGAAAAUAUUUUGUACUAUGAAAGUCAAGUUUGUACAUACAGUGCUAAUCUACUAGUGCCAUGACACUUUUAAGAUAUUCAUAAGGCCUCCUUUUGAAUAUUGUCAGCAUUUUACAUAGAAAAAUUUAAAGCUUGCUUUCAUUAAUCAAUUACAGUGAAGUAAUUUGGGCUUUGUACUUCACUACUUAUAAACUAAUUAAACAAUAAGAUAACUAUUUCAUUUGUAGAUAGUAUAUUGGAAUUCAUUAUUUUCAAAUUAGGCUGAUUUUUGUAAAUUAAUUCUUAAUUUGUUGGUUCUCAUCAUCAUUAUCAAAUAAAUGUGCACAGUAUCUCUACCUCUAUAUAAAGACAAAUUUAAGUUUAACUCAUUUUGUAAAACUACUUUAAAAAUUCUCCAAUUGAAAUGAGAGGUUAGUAAUUCACCAUUGGUUGUAUGUGAAAUCUUCUACUGAAAGCUUUCUGUUGUAAUUAAAUAUUUUAUAAUCUUAUAAUAUGGGCUGUCCUUUUUCCAUAUUAAAUGGUUUGUGUAACUUUUAUUGUAUGUCUAGUUGUAUAAUGCCUCCUUGUAAUUAAUCCCUUUCCUCAAAACAGACACUUAACAAAAUACUGCUUGAAAUAUGUAAUAUAUUUUGAAUUUUAAUUGUAAUUUUUGCUGUCUUAUGGUUCUCUAGUAUGAAUCUCAGCUUGAAAGACAUUUUCUUGUAACUACAGUAAAAUGAUGCUAUAGUUACUUUGGGUCUUCUUUUUGUAAUUUUGUCAGAGAAAAAGUUAAUGUAAAUUGCAGCAUGAGGCUAGAACAGUUUCACUGCCCUUUUUGUAUCACUAAAUUCUUUAGAGAGAUAAUACUUUCCUGUGUACCACUGGUUGUGAAUCAGUAAAAUCACUAAAUAAUAUGAUGAUUUUUGUGCCUGCAUGAACUAAAAGUCAAGAAUGUAGAACUCAUAGUCAGACUUUGCAGUCUGCUCUACAGUUAAAUGAAGGUGAAUAUACAGCAGGUAAUGAUGUUAAUAGAUAGAAACUAUGUUAAAUAACUGUGCUGCACCUCAUUGUUUAUUUCAUUAAUCCUUAUAGAAGACACCUUUCCUCUCCUUUGCUUUGAUUUCCUUAUUUAUGAAAUACUGAUUUGUGCUCAAAGACAACAUACCUCUCCAAUUUCAUUUUUGUUUCUUUUUCUGUAUAUUCACUAAUUAUCCCUCAGAAAUUGCACAAACAUAUUUCCUGAAUCAACAAACUGAUUACAAGCAAUCAAGCUGUUUAAUGAAAUUCUCUUUACAUUAAUUUGGCACCCUUUGUCUUCACAGGCUAUGCUUCUGUUCUUUGCAACUUCAUAGUUGAGUUCGUAUAAGGGAUUCUGUUCCAUUAUACCAAAUUCUUAGAGUUCUUUUUGUUUCAUAUACAAAUGGAAGGUUGGAGAAGUAAGUGCUUAUUACACUAGUGUCAUUCUGUAAUCUCAUCUUGUUUUCUGAAUCAUUUGGGGAGUUACUGUAUAUUUCCAGUUGG